AUGGACAACAAAGAAAAUAAACCUCCAACCGUAGAAAAGAAAAAACCGCCAAAAUAUUUUGCCGAUAGGCAACCAGGAGACAAGGGAUUCUCCAUAGGAAUCGUGGAGAGAUUCUCCAAAUCAAGAGGUACGUACCUCCAGUACGUACCCAGCGACUCUGAGGAGUCGUCCGACUCCGAUGACGGAGUCAUGUACGGGUAA